AGUCCUCAUAUUCUUGUAUUUUUAGUGCUUGUUUGGCGCCUGGAGACAUCACGCGUAUCCCCAGUUGACACGCACACAAUAUCACAACCUUAAAAAGAAACGUCGCACGCGAUCACCGCAGGCAACAAGGCCGGCCAAGCUACCGUUGCCCUCGCACCCACACCCUCUUCUCUUUUACUCUCCUCACACACCAGCCAUGGCGCCACGCAAGAUCUCGAUCCCCACGGCACACGACCAAACGCCCGAGCACGGCAAAGCGUACACCGAAUACACUGUCCGCGUCGAUCACCCCUUCCCCCGCGCAACAACAAGCGUAAAGAAACGCUAUUCCGACUUCUCUGCCCUCGAUGCCGCCCUCCGCUCAGACGUCGGCUCCGCACCACCAGCCGCAUUACCGCCCAAAUCUUGGCUUGGCGGCUUCUUGGGGUUAGGAAAUACAACAGGCUCACCAGAAGCUAUCGAGAAGCGGAGAGCGGGGUUAGAAGAGUACCUGAAGGCGAUUGAAGGUGCCGAGGACGGGCGGUGGCGUGCCGCCAAAGCAUACCAGGAUUUCCUCAAUCUGGAUGACAAGGAGGGGAAGAAGGUGGCUGGGUUUCCGGGGAGCCAGUUUGGAAAGGAUAGAGUGAGGGAUAGUUCGGAUUGGCUGGACAAGCACUCUGAUCUCAAGUCAUCGUUACAGGACGCAAGACGAUGGUUGACGGCGAGAGAACAAGCGACUGCUGCCACAGCGCAGCAUGAAGCGGCAGCGAAGGCGAAGGCGAGCCUCGUACGCGCUGGUACACUCAUAUCUGCCUUAGACGAGGCGCUCGGGCGGCUGAGUGGAAGCAGUAGCGAUGAGUGGUCGGGCGAAAAACUGGGCGAGGGAGAGAUCAGAAGAAGAAGAGAUAUGAUCAGUGGGCUACGAAAAGAAAGAGACGGGUUGGAGAGCGUGCUAAACAGCAUGGCGGUCAAAGCAGCUAUCUCCGGCUCUGGCAGCUCCUCCACACCAUCCACGUCCUCAGCCGCCGUAACAGAAUCACAGAAAGCCGGGCUAUUCAAGGGUGCAUCUAAACCCUCUGGACGCCGCGUACUGGGUGCGCCAGCACAGGAAACCGACAAGACGCGCGAGCUGGAUAACGAAGGCGUACUGCAGCUACAGAAACAGAUUAUACAAGAUCAGGAUGAAGAUCUUGUCGAUCUCACUACCGUCGUGCGACGCAUGCGCGAGAUGGGUGUACAGAUCAACACAGAGAUUGUUGAGCAGAAUGCUUUGCUAGGCUUGCUUGAGGAAGACGUUGAGAGGGUGGACGGUAAGAUCAAGAUUGCCAAGAAACGAGUGGAUAAAAUUAGAUAGAAGACACUUUUGAUAGCAAAGGAAGAAGGGACGCUGGAGUUACCACCGCAUGUAUGGAGCUGGAAUUGGAUGACAUAAUAUAUUUGAUACCCUAGUAAUAAAAGACAUCUUCCGUACAGACUGC